AUGAAUGGUACGCUCUGCCAAUUACUGACAGUAUAUAAAGGGCCAGGAGAAGUAGAAGACACACACACUUCAGAAACCUCCUCUUGCAACCCGCCUGAAUUCUCUUCUCCUGACAACAUGUGUUGCAACUACUAUGGCAACUCCUGUGGCUAUGGCUGCAGAUAUGGCUAUGGCUGUGGGUUUGGCCCCUAUUAUGGCUGUGGGUCUGACUGUGGCUAUGGCUGUGGCUAUGGCCCCCAUUAUGGCUGUGGUUAUGGAACCAGAUAUGGCCAUGGAUACGGUUCCUGCUAUGGCUGUGGAUAUGGCUCUGGUUCUGGUUACUGUGGCCACAGGCCAUUUUUCUACAGAAGAUAUUAUUCUUCUUGCUGCUAG